GAAGUGGUUGUUUUAAAAAAAGUCUUGUUGCUUAUCUAAGAGCAAUCUAAAUAUCAAGCUAGUUUUACUUGCUACAAAUAAAAGAUAUGCUCUGCAGCCUGUUGUCUUCUUGAACAGUAAAGAAUGCCAGGCACUGCACCUGUGUCAAGUGUCCAAAUGGAUAACACAGAAACCCAAGGUCUUGCUGCUGAUGAUGGAGAUGGAGAGGCCAACAUGAGCAUUGCUUCCCAUAUCUUUGGGACAGUGGGUGGGGUGUCUGGCUUUGGUGAUUUUGACAGCCCUGCUACUGUCCCUUCUGAUGGCCUGCUUGCUGACAUUGAAGGCAUGCGGUCUCAUUCUAGGCUCUCACGGCAAGAAAUAAGUGAGCUCCGUCAUAGACUGUUGAGCAAUGCAGUUCCCAGCCCAUCCAACCUUCCAUUAGACUUCAGUCAGCUCAACAUGAACGACUUGCAUGGAGGCAAUGAGAAGAGGGAGCAGAGUGAGCAGCGGCGUGAUAGUCUGGAGCUGCCGGGACCAGCAAUCCCUCACUGGAUGCACAACCGGCCCUAUGGCUCACUUGACUUCAUUGCAUCCGACAGGAACCCUGAAGAUGUUGGACCUCUAGGAGAUGUGGCUGUUAGUAGUCAGGAGCAGCAGCUGCUGGAGGACGUGCUCAGUGUGAUGACCGGCAUUGAAGGCACCUACAUCACCCUCAGCAAGCAACCUCCUAACCCUGACCUUGGCCUUUAUCGUACCUUUGUCGUAGACUCUAGUGUUGAGAAAUCAGUGCAGGCGUUGGUGCAGAAAGUAUUACCGGUGUGCUCUCAGUACGCUCAGCUUGUGCGCUUCAUAGAGGACCAUUCGGAGCACCACAAAGGGCUGGUGAACCACGCACUUGCUGCCGCCCUCACCACGCUGCUCAAGGACUAUCUUUUGCUGGUGCUGCAGCUGGAGUCGCAGCUGCGCAGCGGGGUGCUCACCCUGCACAGGUUGUGGUUCUAUGUCGAGAAGACGGCGCCUGUCAUGGAUUUACUUGCGUCUAUCACAGCCGAAAUCACCAAGACAGGAGCGCGCGGCGGAGCGGUUCUGUCGCUGCUGCAGGCUCGCGUGGAGAGCCUGACGGGGUGUGGUAAACUGCAGGAGUUGGCCGUGUACCUCGCAACCGCUGCAGCACAGCCUUACCUGGACUGCCUUGCUGCAUGGAUAUCACGAGGACACAUUAAAGAUCCUUAUGCCGAAUUCAUGGUACAAAGCAACGAGCAGUGCACUGACAAUGAAGAUAACGUUGAUGAGGCUGCAGAUCAAGAUGACAGCGACGACAACAAAGAGGGCAAUGUAGACACGUACUGGCAGUGGAGGUACACACUGGAGCCCAGCAACACCCCCAGCUUCCUAACCUCUUACGCCGACCUCAUCCUGCGCACCGGCAAAUAUCUCAACGUCAUCAAACAGUCUGCGUCUGGUGGCCGUGCAGGGGCAAGCAGCGCGCCCCUACAGCUGCGUUACAGCCCCGACCCUGAGCACUACAGCGCCAGCAUCGAGACAGCCUACGCUGCUGCCUCCAAGACCCUCCUGCAUCACCUCAUUGACGACCAGCAUCUUCUCAGCCGCAUCAGGUCUCUGAAGCAAUACUUCUUGCUGGCACAAGGCGACUUCAUCUCUCAGCUGCUGAGCAUGUGUGAGUCGGAGCUGAGCAAGCCUUUGGACGACGUGCUGCCUCACAGGCUUGAAUUCCUGCUCGAGCUCGCGCUGCGCACCAGCAACGGCGCUGGCUACCAGGACUCCAUCCACACCGUCCUCUUGCCAUACACAUUACUUGACCAGAUGAUGCGUAUACUAAGCAUAGAGACGACAGAGGAGCAGGAGCAUCGGCAGGCGCUGAGUCGACUUGACUUGACUGGCAUCGAAGGCUUCAGUUUGUCAUGCAGUGUGCCGUGGCCGGCCUCCCUGGUGCUCGAUACACGCACGCUCUUCUGCUAUAGGAUGCUCUUCAGGCAUCUCUUCUACUGUAAACAUGUCGAGAGACAGCUCUGCAAGGUGUGGCUGAGCAAUCAGGCGUGUAAAGGCCUGCCAAUGAGCACCCGUCGUAGCUACACAGCAGCGUUCUUGCUGCGCCAUCGCAUGCUGGCGUUCAUGCAGAACAUCGAAUACUACAUGAUGUUUGAGGUCAUCGAGCGACACUGGCAUCAGUUCCUGGCGGACAUGAACAAGGUUGAGAGCGUGGACGAGCUGCUGCAGCAUCAGUCCCACUUCCUGGACAAGUGCAUGAAGGAUGGACUGCUGACCACCCCUGACCUCCUCAGGACCCUCACUAAGAUCAUCGGCAUCUGUGCUUCCUUUGCCAGCUUCAUCCUUCGCAGCCAGAAGAUACAGGAAGGCGCUGAACUUUCCCCGACUGGAGAAGACGAUCUCGAGGCACAGAAAGCUAACCCAGCGUACGAAGAAACGGUCCCGAGCGCCAGCGAGAGUUUCGAGCAAACCAUCGCCCGCUACGACAUCCAGUUUAAUGGCAUGCUGGUCACCCUCAUGGACAAGGUGGCCGACCUCGGCAGGCAGGACUAUACUGACGCUAUCAUCAACAUCCUCUACCGGUUGGACUUCAACAAAUACUACAGCAGCCGCGACGACGCACUCACCAAUCUGGGCGAGUGUUCGAUGCAGGCCGCCCCCGUGGACGACCACGAGCAGGACGGUAACGGCGCAGCCGGGAGUUCGGUGCAAGGCUGACCCGAUCUCAAGUCUGAGCGUCUUCAGAGUG